AUGCAGAGCCAUCCACACUUUUCAACAUUAAACUCAAGUUUACACGUGUCACACCAUCUAUCCAUUUUUGCUAAUUCUUCAUGUAUGGGGUUCAUAGUUGGGCCGAUAUCUGUAUUUGUGCAGGUAUAUGUCACCUUCAAGUCAUCUGCAUACAGUAUUGGCUUGCCUAUACUGAAACAUUCACAUAUACUGUUUAUGUAUAUUAUGAAAAGAAGGGGUCCCAAUACACUCCCCUGGAUGACACCACUGCUGAUUGGUCUAGGUCUGGAGGUCAUUGAGACAACUUUAGUUGUCUGAUUCCUGUCAUACAGAAAUGAUUUUAUCCAAUUGUAGAGGGGGUUGCGUAUCCCCAGUGAGCAUAGCCUACCGACUAACAGACUAUGUGGGACUCUGUCGAAGGCUUUCCUUAUAUCGAAAUAGAGGAUAAUCACUAGCUCUCUCCUAUCUCUUCUAUAGGUGACUUCGUUGAAAAAGUCUAUAUGGCAAGUGACGCAAGAUCUUUUCUUGAGGAAUCCGUGUUGUGACAGGUUGAUGAGUUUAUGUUUUAGAAAGUAGUCUGACAUUUGGUCUUUGAUUACUUUCUCCAUGAUCCUUGAUAUGACUGGUGUUAUAUUGAUAGGCCUAUAAUUACAUGCACUAGUUUUGGCCCCUCCUUUAUGCUUAGGUGAUAUAUAUGUGUUUUUCCAAGUUUCAGGGUAGGUUUCGGUCACUAGUGAGAUAUUAAAUAUUCUAAGUAAUAAUACAAUCAUAUCCGUACCACCGUUUUUGUAUAUGACGGAUGGUAUAUCGUCUAUCCCACAACUACUGUUAGCUUUUAAUGUCCUCACCGCCGAUGCUAUAUUUUGUAUAUUAAAGUUUAUUUCACCUAACUUGUAGUUAUUUUUGCAGGUUAUGUCGAGAAUUGGGGACGGAUGUGCUUUGGUGUUAUUGGAGAACCACUCACUCAGGAGUUCACUAAUGAUCUGGGGAUCAUCAUAAAUUAUAUCUUCGUGUUCUAAAUGACUGAUAUUGUUUUCUUCACCCUUCUUCAGCCGUUUUUGCAAGAUUUUGCAGAGUUCCUGGGUUUUAGAGGUGCCCUCUAGGGCUUUAUUUUCCUCCACUUGUGCUUUCAUUUUAUGUCUCUCCUCGAGAUUUUUAAAUAUUUCGUGUAUCAGGUGUAAUGCAUUAAAUUCUUUGUAUAAAUAAAAUCUCCUUUUUAGUUUCCUUAGUUUUAUUCGCGUUUUGCGAUCUAUGAACAUAGUUGGUGUCUUUUGGGCAGAUUUCAGGGGUGCGAUUGUGUCUCUUACCGAACUGAUUGUCUUGUAGAAGGUAUUUAGUAUUACUUCUAAGUUAUUAUUGGUGAAGUAUUCUCCCCAGUACAUGAGAGUACAUGAGGGACUCCAGUUAACUGGCAUAAUCAACAGGAUAAAUGACACAAGGAGUAGGCAAAUUACAAUCGUUCACUUACACAAGUUAUACAUAACGAAAGCUAAUGUAUUGGUACCUAUAAGGUCACUUUACACAGGUGGAAGCAAUGUACACAGCACAGCGCUGGACUUAUUUAUCACGUACUGUUGAAAUCCGCUUGGAAAUUUUUUUGCCAAUAAUUUUUAAUAAAAUUGUAUUGCAUGUUAUCUAGAUUGAGGGAAAUUCCCAUUUUUUGGCUAGUUAUGUUGGUGUCCGCCUCAUGUGAUCUGACUGCGACACACUUUUAGCAUAUGGGUUGCAAUGAUUAGUGUUUCAGGCGGAAUGUAUCAACAUACCGGUGUAAUAAGGAAGAUACGAUAGUUAGAGGGUAAUGCCAUUUACACAAAUCGUUUACUCCGUGUAGAAGCUGCACCUUUCGGCAUAGUAUCGUUCAAUGAAGACUUCACAUCUCGGGAUAUCAAUACAGCCUAUUGUCGUGUGAAGAAUAGUCUUUUUUGACAAAAUAAUUCUCUCGGUGCCUGGAAAUCACCUGCAAAUGCUAUCAGAAUCGUUUGUGGGAACCUAAGUUAUCAUUUAGAUGUGCUUUUCACUCUAUCUGUGGUUGGACAGGAAUUAUGGUAAGUUGAGAGGUUAUUUCUAAGUGGAUUUCAUAUAUAUUGGCACUGAUUGGUGCAGUGUGCUAUGGGUUUUGUGAAUUAAAUGUACAAAAUGCCUCAACUUUAUUAAUAUUGUGCCAUUGUCUACUUAGCUGACUGAUACGGUAACAAACGAAUGUGGUUAACCACCUUCCUAAUCGUGACAACUGUCACGAUUAUUGCAAGUACAAUGCAGUGGAGAAGGCAAUUACUCGUGAAAAUUUCCUUGCUGUUCCAAUUAAUGCACUGAAUCAUUACACGGUAUGAUUAUACGCAUGAGUCGUGGUGAUUAUGAGAGCUGAAUCUAUUCAGCUUUAUUAUCAUUAAUAUGAAUUUAUUCUCUUUUACAAUUUCCACUGGCUGUAUACUUAAUGCUGCAAUAUUUUUGAUCACCAAUAGUGGAGAUGAAUUUCUCCUGAGAUUUCCAUUUACACAAAGCAGUACAGAUGGGUAUGACGAUUGAAUUUUCUGGUUUGCAUUAUAUGACAUUAUUACCCUCAUCAACAAAUCAGGUCUGCGUACUUUACAAUAGUUGAAGUGUUUCACUAUGUUGUUAGCACUGUGCAUAGCUGUUUAGAGUUGAGGCAUGUUCAGCUUAUAUUCGAUGCCUAUAAUCUUCUAAAUGUGAGAAUGUGAUUUCUGUAGGAUUCACAAAACCUUGUGGACUAGACAUUACUGAGACUGUGGAUUAAUUUCAAAGUAACACAUUUGCAAUACUUCAUUUCAUGUAAAAGUAUUUAGUGUGAAUUUGAUCUGCAAGUAAGUUUGAUGAGAGAAUGACGCCUCAAUAGUAUGGAUGUUCCAGAGUUUGUCUUGAAAUUUGCGUAUAAUCCUCAAAUACAGGAAAACAUAUGAUGUCUAUUUAUGUAUACGGCGACAACAUAAAUAUCAGCUGUAGACUACAAAUACAUUUAUCUGCAUGAGAUAUUACUUAGGAUUGACAAAAUCAUUGUAUUCAUAGUAUAUGCAAAUAUGUAGAAUUAUCUCUCGUAACUUCAUGUUGUGCUAAAUCUUACAUGUACUUUAUUUUUUCAGGUAUACGGAGGUUGUUGAAUAUGAAAUCAGCGGAAACAUCAUUCGGUCAAACUAACGUUAAUACCCUUCAUCAGAAUUUUCCUUUGUAAAUUAAUCAAAUGUUUAAUACACUCUUG